AUGAAGUGUGGAAUUGUUCUUUUUACUCUUGUCAUUGGUGUAAUUCAAGCAAAGUUACGAGUAGACCAAGUAUGGCCAGGAGGUUUUCAAGGAGCCAUAGAAAUUCCAAUUUCAAAUCAAGUAAUUGGAUGGAAUAUCGAAAUUCAAUUUCAUAAAAAAGCAAGAUUGGAUGCAUGGCUAGGCAUACUUCGAUCUGAAACUGACGGAAAAAUCUUUUUAUAUGAUAAUCAGCCUUGGAAUGAAAAAUUAGAAGCUAAUACUGUAUUCAGUUUUGAAUUCACUGUUAAUGACGGUGUUACACCAAGUGAUGUAAAAAGCAUUUCAUUCAAAGGUCAACCAGUCAAUAUUGAUUCUUUAUCUUCGUCGACUACUGGAUCAACACCAAAUCCAACAGGAAGUACACCAACCUUUCAGUCAACAUCUGCAUCAUCUACAACACCGCUUGUAGCCGUCAUAGAUGGAAAAUAUAAUUAUGGGGCUGUUCUUCAAGCUUCACUUCUUUUUUAUGAAGCCCAACGAGCUGGUAAACUUCCAGCUAAUAACCGUAUUCGUUGGCGAGGUAAUUCCAUGUUAAUGGAUAAAGGAGAAAACGGAGAAGAUUUAACUGGUGGAUAUUUUGAUGCUGGUGAUUACGUUAAGUUCGGUUUUCCGAUGGCCUCAUUUACAACAUUAUUAGCAUGGGGUGCUAUCGAAUAUAAAGAUGCAUAUGAGAAAGCAGGUGAAUUCAACGCAAUGCUCCAAGCUAUUCGUUGGUCAACUGAUUAUUUUAUUAAGGCACACGUUAGUGAACGUGAAUUUUAUGGACAAGUAGGUGAUGGACAUGCAGAUCAUGCAUCAUGGUCACGACCAGAAGAUUGGACAGCGGCUCGACCAGCAUGGAAAGUAACUACACAAAAGCCUGGUACUGAUUUAGUAUGCGAAACAGCUGCUGCUCUUGCUGCUACUUCGAUUCUGUUUCGUUCGGUUGAUGCUGCAUAUUCAUCAGAAUUACUAACACAUGCUCAACAAUUAUACAAGUUUGGCAAUGAAUAUCGUGGCAAAUAUUCAGAUUCAAUUCCAAAUGCAGCUGAAUUCUAUCGAUCAUGGUCUGGUUUUGGUGAUGAAUUAGCAUGGGCUGCUGCUUGGCUUCUACGUGCUACUGGUGACGCAAGUUACGAAGCAGAUGUAGAAAGACAUUAUAGAGAAUUUGGUCUCGAUAAACGACCCAAUGAAUUUGGUUGGGAUGAAAAAACAGCAGGCGUUCAAAUACUCAUGGCUAAAAUUACAACAAAGCAAGUUUAUCGUCAGCAAGCUGAAACAUUCUGUAAUUAUAUUGUACGACAAGCUCCAAAAUCAUUGAAAGGUCUCGUAUUUCUCAGUCAAUGGGGAGCACUUCGACAUGCUGGAAAUGUAGCUUUUGUUUGUUUACAAGCUGCUGAAGCCGGUAUUAAUAGUCAAGAAUAUAUCGAUUUUGCUGCUCGACAAAUUAACUAUAUGUUAGGUGAUUCAGGACGAUCAUAUGUUAUUGGUUUUGGUCAAAAUUUUCCUCAACGACCUCACCAUAGAUCAAGUUCGUGCCCAUCGCGACCGGCAGUCUGCGAUUGGAAUGCUUACAAUAGUCCUCAGCCCAAUCCUCAAUUACUAAUUGGUGCUUUAGUUGGUGGACCUGAUCAAAAUGAUAGUUAUGAAGAUCGCCGUGAUGAUUAUAUUAAAAAUGAAGUUGCUACUGAUUACAAUGGCGGUUUUCAAUCAGCUGUUGCUGGUUUACUUCAUUAUCAAAUGAAAUAG